AUGGAUAAAGUUCGAAAGAAGUGUCCCAAGUGCGGUGUUUGGAUUAAACAUUCAACCCAUUUUCACCGUCAUGUUAAACGCUGUGGAACGACUGAGCAUCGCGUUCAAUGCCCCUACUGCCAUAAGACGUAUUCCAGAAAAGAUGAUUUGAAGAAACAUUUAACGGAAAAACAUUCAGAGUCAGUGGCAACUCAAGGAUUUUGCUGUAGAAACUGUAAAAAACCAUUCCAGUAUGAAAUGGCCCUUUACCUUCAUGAGGAGCAUUGUGGAAAAGAAAAAGCUAAACCUUUCCAGUGCACCUUUGCUAACUGUGGAAAACGCUUUUCCCGUAAAGCUACAUUGGAACACCACCAGCAGCACGCUCACCUAUCGCAAUUAGGAGGUAACAUUAAACGACAAUUACAGGAAGAAAAUGAGAAGGAAGUCAAGAAAAUCAAACUACCAGAGAAAGUUGAUGGAGUUUCACCUGCUGAUAAGGAAGUCUCUGCCAUGAAAGGGGUUAAAGUGGAUGCAUUUUUCUACCCGAAAACAGAAACACAGGUUAUGGAUCAGCAAGUCUUUUUUAAGGAUACGCUUACAAGGUUAGAAAGACAUCUACAGAAAGUCCUGAAAGAAAAGAAAGGUGUUAAGUGGAACUUGAUGUAUCAUUGUACACUCACCAUGCCAGAUAAAUAUCGAACAGAGCCUAUGAUAAACAAUGGUUACUUUAGAACACCUCAUCCCAUCACCAGCACCUACCCUCAACAGCUCAGGGAGCAACUAAACAUGGCGAUGGAAGCUGUAGAAGAGCGGAUGUCUACCUUUAUGCAAGCUGGCUCUGGGUGGACCCUCUCAAGAAAUCAUGCAUUGGUGUUGGAAAUGGUGGAUUACCAACCCUUAGGAGGGAGCUCGUAUAUAGAACUCCCGAAAGAUGUCUAUGAUACCAAAGCUAUUGUCAAUGUGAAAAAUGAUGACCAGGAAUGUUUUAAGUGGUCAGUCCUGGCAGCCCUCCAUCCAACUUUAAAGAAUGCAGAGCGAGUCAGUAAGUACCAUGAGUAUAAAGACGAACUCAAUUUUGAUGGAAUCGACUUCCCCGUCACCAUUGAUCAGAUUGGAAAGUUUGAGAAACAGAAUCCAGGAAUCAGUGUCACUGUCAUUGGUAUCGAUAAACCAGAGAGAAGCAAAAAGGGAGUUGUCUUACCCUCGAUCAUGUUGCCUCUUAGAGUACCAGAUCAGCAACUCGAAAAGCAUGGCGUUCUGCUCUACUGGGGGCGUGAAGAACAGCAUCACUACGCUCUGGUGAAAAACUUUAACAGACUUCUCUCUAGAACCAAGUCUCAUCAUGAGCAAACUUUUUUUUGUCAACGCUGCUUUCAAGGUUUCAUACGCCCUGAUUUACUUGAAAAGCAUUCUGAAAUUUGUCGUCAUAUCCCCAUUCAAGCGGUUCAAGUGGUCGACGAAGAAAUUUCGUUCAAAAACUGGGCAAAGACAGAGGAAAGUUUAUUUAGAAUCUAUGGUGAUUUUGAAUGCCUUCUCCAAGAAUGUGAAGAAGGAGGCGACAACGAGAAGACCGUUAAAGUGCAAAAACAUAUCCCCUGCAGUGUCGCGUGGGUUUUAAUCUCCAAUCAUCCUGAGGUAGAAUCACGUAGUUUUCUAUAUCGUCCCUCACCAAAUUCAGACAUGUCUCUAGAAGAGACCAGUGAGCAAGUCAUUGACCAGCUGAUGGAAAGUCUCCAGCAAAUUGAAAAGGAACUGCUCCCUUACCAGCUAGAGGUUAAACCUAUGGUAAUGACUGAAGAACAGGAAGCCGAUUUUCAAGCUGCUACUCAUUGUUAUAUGUGUGAAGAGCUCUUCUAUGAGAAAGAAGAAAAUUGGUGCAAAGUACGCGAUCACAAUCACGCUACAGGAGAAUACCGCGGAGCGGCGCAUUUUUCAUGUAAUCUGAACAAGCGGCGUACAACUCACAUCCCGGUGUUCUUCCAUAAUUUGCGCGGGUAUGAUUCCCACCUCAUCAUGCAGGGGAUUCACAGAUAUGCCAACAAGAAAAGAAUAAGCGUCAUCCCGAACAAUAUGGNUUAGAAAGACAUCUACAGAAAGUCCUGAAAGAAAAGAAAGGUGUUAAGUGGAACUUGAUGUAUCAUUGUACACUCACCAUGCCAGAUAAAUAUCGAACAGAGCCUAUGAUAAACAAUGGUUACUUUAGAACACCUCAUCCCAUCACCAGCACCUACCCUCAACAGCUCAGGGAGCAACUAAACAUGGCGAUGGAAGCUGUAGAAGAGCGGAUGUCUACCUUUAUGCAAGCUGGCUCUGGGUGGACCCUCUCAAGAAAUCAUGCAUUGGUGUUGGAAAUGGUGGAUUACCAACCCUUAGGAGGGAGCUCGUAUAUAGAACUCCCGAAAGAUGUCUAUGAUACCAAAGCUAUUGUCAAUGUGAAAAAUGAUGACCAGGAAUGUUUUAAGUGGUCAGUCCUGGCAGCCCUCCAUCCAACUUUAAAGAAUGCAGAGCGAGUCAGUAAGUACCAUGAGUAUAAAGACGAACUCAAUUUUGAUGGAAUCGACUUCCCCGUCACCAUUGAUCAGAUUGGAAAGUUUGAGAAACAGAAUCCAGGAAUCAGUGUCACUGUCAUUGGUAUCGAUAAACCAGAGAGAAGCAAAAAGGGAGUUGUCUUACCCUCGAUCAUGUUGCCUCUUAGAGUACCAGAUCAGCAACUCGAAAAGCAUGGCGUUCUGCUCUACUGGGGGCGUGAAGAACAGCAUCACUACGCUCUGGUGAAAAACUUUAACAGACUUCUCUCUAGAACCAAGUCUCAUCAUGAGCAAACUUUUUUUUGUCAACGCUGCUUUCAAGGUUUCAUACGCCCUGAUUUACUUGAAAAGCAUUCUGAAAUUUGUCGUCAUAUCCCCAUUCAAGCGGUUCAAGUGGUCGACGAAGAAAUUUCGUUCAAAAACUGGGCAAAGACAGAGGAAAGUUUAUUUAGAAUCUAUGGUGAUUUUGAAUGCCUUCUCCAAGAAUGUGAAGAAGGAGGCGACAACGAGAAGACCGUUAAAGUGCAAAAACAUAUCCCCUGCAGUGUCGCGUGGGUUUUAAUCUCCAAUCAUCCUGAGGUAGAAUCACGUAGUUUUCUAUAUCGUCCCUCACCAAAUUCAGACAUGUCUCUAGAAGAGACCAGUGAGCAAGUCAUUGACCAGCUGAUGGAAAGUCUCCAGCAAAUUGAAAAGGAACUGCUCCCUUACCAGCUAGAGGUUAAACCUAUGGUAAUGACUGAAGAACAGGAAGCCGAUUUUCAAGCUGCUACUCAUUGUUAUAUGUGUGAAGAGCUCUUCUAUGAGAAAGAAGAAAAUUGGUGCAAAGUACGCGAUCACAAUCACGCUACAGGAGAAUACCGCGGAGCGGCGCAUUUUUCAUGUAAUCUGAACAAGCGGCGUACAACACACAUCCCGGUGUUCUUCCAUAAUUUGCGCGGGUAUGAUUCCCACCUCAUCAUGCAGGGGAUUCACAGAUAUGCCAACAAGAAAAGAAUAAGCGUCAUCCCGAACAAUAUGGAAAAGUACGUUUCCUUUAGCCUUGGAAACUUAAGGUUUCUCGAUUCCCUCCAAUUCUUGGGACCGGGUGCUAGUUUGGAUGCUUUGGCUGGAAAUCUUACAGAGUUCCCACAUCUCAAGGAACAUUUUGAAAAAGUGUGGGGUUUUAACAAACCUGACGAUGUCAAUCUAUUAUGCCAGAAAGGUGUCUACCCUUAUUCCUAUAUGAAGAAUUUUGAAGUUUUUGAAGAAACAAGUCUACCCUCAAAACAAGCCUUCCACAAUGACUUAACUGGAGAUGCUAUUUCCCAAGAAAAGUACGAGUUUGCACAGAGAGUUUGGGAGACAAUGGGUUGUCAAACUUUGGGGGAAUAUCACGACCUCUAUUUAUUUCAAGAUAUCUUUUUGCUUGCGGAUAUCUUCGAGCAGUUUCGUCAAGUGUGUAUUGAGAAUUAUGAUUUAGAUCCCGCUCACUAUUACACAGUCCCUGGACUAGCAUGGGAUGCUGCCUUAAAGUUUACCAAAGUCAAGCUGGAAACCCUCUAUGACAUUGAAAUGCAUCAGUUCUUAGAGAAAGGCAUGCGAGGUGGUAUUUCGAUGAUUACCCAUCGCUAUGCUCAAGCCAACAACAAGUACCUAAAGGACUACAAUCCUGAACAGCCUAGCAGUUUUAAUAUCUACCAAGAUGCAAACAACCUUUAUGGGUUAGCGAUGAUUCAAUCACUCCCAGUGGGUGAUUUCAAAUGGAUGGAUGGGAAAGAUAUACAAAGCUUCAAUGUCAUGUCAGUAGAAGAUGAUGCUGACAUUGGUUACUUUUUAGAGGUGGAUCUAAAGUAUCCUAACGAUCUACACGAUCUCCACUCAGAUUACCCACUGGCUCCAGAAAAAAUGUCGAUUUCCCACGAGAUGCUCUCCCCCUAUCAGCAGCAAUUAAAGGAAGACCUGGGGUAUAAGCCGAGUAAAGUGGAAAAACUGGUACCCAAUCUCUGGGAUAAAGUCAAGUAUGUGAUCCAUUACCGCAAUCUGAAGUUUUAUCUUACACAAGGUCUCAAGUUGCAGAAGAUUCACCGAGCCCUACAGUUCAAGCAGCAACCAUGGCUGAAACCAUACAUUCAACACAACACACAAUUGAGAGCCGCUGCUGCCAAUGAGUUUGAGAAAGAUUUUUUCAAGCUUAUGAACAACAGCGUAUUCGGAAAAACAAUGGAAGAUGUAAGAAAACGUGUUAACAUUAAGUUGAUCACAGAGCCAGCUAUGUUUAAAAAACAUACAGCAAAAGUCACCUACAAAAGAAGUGUUGUCUUCGUGAAUGAUGAAGAAAAGCAGGAGUACUUUGUUGGAUUGGAAGCAAAACGUACCUCUGUAAAGCUAGACAAGCCUAUCUACACUGGCUUCACAGUCUUGGAGCUUAGUAAACUUCACAUGUACGAUUUUCAUUAUAAUCACAUAAUGAAAAAGUACGGGCCUGAGAAAGCGAAGCUCUUAUUCACUGACACAGACAGUCUCACCUAUCACAUCACCGCCGAAGACCUGUAUCAAGACAUGAAACAGGAUCAGCACUUAUAUGACACCAGCAAUUAUCCCAAAGAACAUUUUCUAUACAGCACAACAAACAAAAAGAUCAUUGGAAAGUUUAAAGACGAGACGGGUGGACUCCCUAUUGUUGAGUGGAUUGGCCUCCGGGCUAAAAUGUAUUCCAUAAAGCUUGAGGAUGGGAAAGAGAAAAAAACAGGCAAAGGGAUCAAGAAAAGUGUCUUAAAGAAAGAAGUGAGACAUCAAGAUUUCAAAGAUUGUUUGAUGGAGAAA